GUGCCACCUCUGAGCCCGCGCUAUUGCCAUUCCCAGAGAUCCGCCUCGCCAACGGGCCCAGUCGGUGUCAGGGGCGAGUGGAGAUCCUCUACAACGGCUCGUGGGGGACGGUCUGCGACGACGACUGGGACAUUGUGGAUGCCAACGUGGUGUGUCGCCAGCUGGGCUGCGGCCAUGCCAUCGCCCUCCCUGCCGCUAUGACCUUCGGCCAGGGGAGCGGGCCCAUCUUCCUGGACAACGUGGACUGCAAGGGCCGGGAGGCAGCCUUGAGCGAGUGCUGGAGCCACGGCUGGGGCAUCCACAACUGCUACCACUACGAGGACGUGGCUGUCGUGUGCAACGAGCUCUCGCCCACGCAGGCCAGCGAAGGACCGACAAGCAGGACCCUCACAGCUUCCGUGCAGGAUGGGGAAAGUAAGCGGCUCAGCCGAUCCUUGCGGGGCCAGUCCUGGCUGAGGGCUGGCACCGUCUGCGACGACGACUGGGGCCUGAGCGACGCCAGUGUGGUCUGCAAGCAGGCGGGCUGCGGCCCGGCCCUGGAUUACAAGAGCAACGCCUACUUCGGCUACGGCACAGGGCACAUCCUCCUGGACAACGUCAACUGCGACGGCAGCGAGCCCUUCCUCUCCGCCUGCUACAGCCUGGGCUGGGGCAUCCAUAACUGCGGCCACCACGAGGAUGCUGGGGUCGUCUGCACAG